AUGCCGGAACUAUACAAAGCCCGUUGGAGACAUAUCGGGGAUGCGAUAGCAGUGAGAGACUUGUUCCAGCUAUACUGCCGCGACGAAGUAUCUUUUCAAGCCAUGAUGUUCGAUGCAGCAACUCAUCGGUCAGCCCUCCAGGGUAAACCCGCUCCACUCGAAUACGAAAAUCGUCUUGUGCGAGCUGUCAGGUCCAACCUCCACACGCUCAAUACAGGCAUCAUUGUUGCCACCGCCGUUCUCUGCAACCUCAAACGCAUGGAAGGGUCGCACAGUCUCUCGCACUGGGUAGCGCUCAAAGAGAUGAUCACGUUACACGGCGGAUUAUCUUCGUUCACAGGCGACCAUAUCAUGUUUACAAAGGUCGUGUGGACCUUCGUUGCCCUGCCUGGACCUCUGACAGGAUUCGACUUUGCCCCAGAUUUGGAAGAUGGGCUAAGGGACCUCAACGAUUUACUUCGAAGUCGUCAGAAGGCCAUUGUCGAUCUGUUGCCUACUUCAGAGGAAGAGAUGGACCGCUUGUCUGACUUGAGGAGGAUCAAGGUGUUCCGAUCGUCGAAAUUAAGAAAUCUGCUUCAGACACCAUCCUCGGAACAUCCAACGGAACGUAAUUGUCGCCUAGCGGUCAUCUUAUUUCUCGCAUCGGCACUAAUGCUCCACGGAGACUUUGAUCCGGCCACUGAUUCUUGUAUCGAGGCCAUCAGCCAACACCUAGAAGAAGCCCGAGAUGAUGCAUCAGUCUCACCGGUCCAUUUGUUGUGGUUUGUGGUUCGACUGAGUGUCUCGGCAUCGAUCGGUGAGAGGUAUGCUCAGAUCUGGACCGGGGUCAUACGGAUUUUGACAGCACUCCAUCGGUUGAAGCCUUUAGUACAAGAUAACGCAGAGAGACUUCUGUUUGCUUCACUAGAAAUCCCAGAGAGCUGCGGGGAGAUACCAGCUACGUACGGGCUAGAUGGAGAACUACAAAUUGACGCAGAACCAUUGCGCCAGGACGUGCACGAUCGAUCUGUCCCCGCGGAAUGCUUUUGCGAGCUGCUUUGGUUCACGGCGCCUCCAAAUGAAUAG